AUGGGAACCGGGGCGAGUGAGGGGGGGCUCCGUAGGCGGAUGCCGCUGCGACGCGUCGGCGGCGGCGGUGUCGGAGUGGGUGGCGGCUCGCAGGGCGGCGGCCUCCCCGGCAGGGCAAUGCGAUACUAUCGCCUCUGGAUCUACACGUGCAACACCGCCCUGCUGGCGGGCGCGUUGGCCUUCGCCGCGGCGGCCGCCCGCACGUUGCUCUUCGACUUCCGCCGCGCCCUCAUACCCUCGCUCACGCUCUACCAGCCCUCGUUCCUCUACGCCUAUCUGGCGCUGGUCACCCAGGGCGGCGCCCUCCAGCUGUUGGGCUGCGUGGCCGCCGUCAAGCUGUCGGAGAAGCUGCUCAACGCCUACUGGCUGCUGUUGUUGGUGCUACUCUUCGGCGAUAUAGUUCUAGGGGCGUUUUGGGCGUUCAGAUUCGAACGUAUAUGUCAGGAACUGAAGCCGGCGUUGCGCGUACGCUUUCAACACGACUACGGUACCAACAACGACAUGACAGCCCUCUGGGACCGUCUCCAAACAGAAGACAAGUGUUGCGGCGUGAACGCCACUUCCAUCGCCGCCAAAGAACUACUAUUGGCGAGCAACAGCAACGUAACAACAGUACGAUGGGACAUCCCGGCCAGUUGUUGCGCAGAACCACCCCCAGUUAACAGUACCAGGUGCGAAACGUACUACACAGCGGCCUGCGACGAAGUCCUGCUGACCUACUUGAGGAGAACGGCGUCGAUACUGGCGAUACUCGGGUAUUGCGUCCUGGCCUUCCUCAAGAUGUGCUUCCUCGGUAUACUAAGGUACGAGAUACGAGAGAUGAUCCAGAAGAUCCGCAUCCUGAAGGCGGAGCUGGAGCUGCCCAACGCCAACGGCGCGGUGCCGGGCACGUUGAGGGCCGAGAGUGCGGAGAGCGAGCGCGAGUCACUCCUGAUCAGACCGGAGAGCGCGGCGCUACUCUCCUCGCCCCCGGCCCAGACGAAGAACCCCAACGGCAACAACAACUACGAGAUGAGGGAGUACCGGAGCCACGACAACAUAUGACUAAAGUAUCGCCUAGAGUUGUUGAUAUGAAAUUGCAGGGUCUGUUCACGCGCGGCCGUUGGGGUCGCGUGAAGAAGGGUCCUCUGGCCACACCGUUGGAGGAGAUCUUCAAGAGGAAGCCGCGUCCCCGCGUCAAGGACGACCCCUGCUGAGUCGGGACGCCGCCGCCGAUUCGACUGCAGCGGGACAGGAGGGGUGUGGACGUGUGAAACAGGCUCGAGGACGAUCUUACAUAAACGUG